CCGUCAAACACCCGUAUGUACUCGCAGCUCUCUGUCCGGUACACAGUGGAAACAUGUCGGGAAGGAGGGAGCCCAGCGGAGGAACUGCGUUCAUGAAACCUACACCUGAGACAUAAACUGACCGUUAAUCAGUCCGGACGGACGGUGGGGUGUUAGCCGAGUUAGCAACCGCUGGGGCCACGUUACUAUUUCACGGAAGCGGGCCGGUCACGAGCGAAUGGACGGAUAAAGACAGACAGCCGGGGCUCUAUCAGAAGAAGUAGCCCAGCAGGCAGGCGGCCGGGGCCGGGCAGAGAGAGAAGAAGGGACAGUGUGUGUGUGCUUGAAACAAGACUGGGUUGCUGCUUGCUAGGGGAUGUUAUCCGUACUGUCUUAUGGCAGACUGGUAGCCAGGGCUGUCCUGGGCGGACUCUCUCAGACGGACGGUCGGGACUACAGCCUGAUCACCGCCAGUUAUGGCUUCGGUAAAGACUUUCGUAAGGGGAUCCUGAAGAAAGGGAUGUGCUACGGUGAUGAUGCCUGCUUCAUUGCGCGGAACAGGAACGCAGACGUUUUGGGUGUUGCAGAUGGCGUAGGUGGUUGGCGUGACUACGGCGUCGACCCGUCUCAGUUCUCAGCCACGUUAAUGAGAACCUGCGAGCGACUGGUGAAGGAGGGACGCUUCACUCCCAGUAACCCAGUGGGUAUCCUUACAUCUGGCUACUAUGAGCUUCUACAGAACAAAGUUCCCCUGCUAGGGAGCAGCACAGCCUGUAUCGUGAUUCUGGAUCGACGGAGUCACCGGCUACACACAUGUAACCUGGGUGACUCAGGCUUCUUGGUGGUUCGGGGAGGAGAGGUGGUUCAUCGCUCAGACGAGCAACAGCACUAUUUUAACACGCCCUUCCAGCUGUCAAUCGCUCCCCCCGGAGCUGAAGGGGUGGUGCUCAGCGACAGCCCCGAAGCAGCUGACAGCUCCUCCUUCGACGUGCAGCUCGGUGACAUCAUCCUGACGGCAACCGACGGCCUCUUUGACAACAUGCCAGACUAUAUGAUUCUGCAGGAGCUCAAAAAACUCAAGACUACCAACUAUGACAGCGUCCUGCAGACUGCACAGAGUAUUGCAAAGCAAGCUCACGACCUUGCCUACGACCCCAAUUACAUGUCCCCUUUUGCACAGUUUGCCUGUGACAAUGGCCUGAAUGUAAGAGGAGGGAAGCCAGAUGAUAUCACGGUGCUGCUGUCCAUUGUGGCUGAAUACACAGACUAAAAAGUGUGUCUGAGAGUGUGUGUGUGCUUCUCUGGGGCCGACCCUCCCUUCCCGUCUGCAUAAGUCUUCCACCUGCAGCCCUCCCAAAAAUGCACUGCAUCCUGUGGGCUGACAGGGGAGGCUCACCAACCACGACACACACUCCUCGCUGCGGGGCCGACGUCCACCCGUGUACAUUUUUUGUUUUCUUCCUCUGUUGUUGUUUUGGUGCUUGAACGGUUGAGGGGAAUCAGGCAGCUAGGACAUUUUCAUGUUGAUCAUGAGGCAGGAGGAGUUGAGCACGACGGGCUGAGGGAUGCCUUUCAGUCGCUUGUGUCUGAAUGUGUCGCGUCAACACUUUCUAGGUGUCUGGGAGACAGCCUGGGACAGAUCGGCUUAAAAGGGGCUUUAAAACCUGGUAGCCCUUGUGUACAAAAAAGUGAUAUAAUAAGAACAGUAAGCCAAGUUUGGGAUUUUUGGGAGAGUAGUGAUAGAGUAUUGAACCUGGCUAGCUGUCUCUGUUGCUCCAGUUGUUAUUCUGUUCCUUGUUGUUAAUGUGUUUGAACAAAGCAAAUGUAUGGACUGAGAAAGCAGAUGUCAGUAAUGGAUGGGUAUUAUUAGAGAAUGAGAUUCAAGAAUGGGCUUUCAGUUUCUUGGGAAUGUGAACGUUGAAAGAGCAAAGUGCUCCGAUCAAAGAAACCUGUAAAGGGAAACCAUAACACUUGUUAGAACUUACACGUGAAGGCUAAUCAGUUUUCGUCACUUGGCAGGGGGGAAUCUGUCGGAGCGCACAUCCCGAUAAGUUGUAAAUAUUUUUGUGUUGUUAGGGCUUCGUUCCAGCCUUUCUGUUGUCUUUGCUUCGGCUGCUGAAGCAAAGAGCUAUUUCGUUACUAUCGUGGAGGAUGUACACAUGCAUUCAUAAAUAUAUUUUCUUGUAUAGAUGUUAAUCUUGAAGUGAGCUUUAUCAAUCCCACACUUCCACUGGCCGAAAUGAACAAGAAGAUCUUUGCUGAGAUUGAUCGCUGCAACACGUGUGGUAGGGAGGAUGUUUUUAAAAAAAAAAAAAAAAAAAAAAAGCGUGAGUGUGUGUGGUACACAUGUGAGUUAUUGGGAUGUGUGGCGUACUUAAUGUUAAUAUUUGCUAUCUCACAAAGCUAAAGCUAGCAUCUGGGAAUGCUUACUAUUGCAAUGAUAGGUCAGGCGUGUGUUUAAAGGAAGAGAUGUAUUUUUUUAAAGUAGUAAGAGUUUGAAGUGUCUGCUGAAAGGAAAUAUGUGUCAUGGAUGACAAAGAUCCAGCUAUCUUAACGAGAAUCAGGUGUGUGUGUGUGUGUGUGUGUGUGUAGGUGUGUGAGGGUGUGUCAAAUUUGUUUUUACGUCUCCGUUCCUUAUUUCCCUUUUACAUUUGUUUGCUGCUUCUCUUUUGUAAUUCAGAUGUCUGUAUAUGACUUGACAUGAUUUAUACGAACACGGUCGCCAUGAUUGUAACGAGUGUGUGUAAAUGUGUGUGUGUGUGUGUGUGUGUGUGUGUGUGUGUGUGUGUGUGUGUGUGUGUUGCAUCAAAUGACAUUAAUCAAAGACCUUGAUUAGUACUGUUCUGCUCAUGAUAGUUUGUCCCUUUUUGUCUAACAGCUCACCCAAGUGGUUCGGACAAUGUCUUUACAGUUUAAAAGCAGGUGCACCAAAGACACAUUUUCUUUGUGUAUGUCAUACACAGCGCUUUGUUGUUACAAACAUCAUACAGCAAUACUGUAAAUUCCUUGUGCUCUGAGUCUUGUGUGAUGGCCAGAGGUGUGGGUCGACACGUUCAGAUGGACAUUAAAAAUGUCUUUUCUAUGCCUAAAGUUGUUUUUAUCCGAGCAAAAGCUGUAUCAUAUUCUUGGGUUAAGAUGUGUGUGUGUGACUGGUUGUAACAAAGUAUAGACAGGUUUAUGAAACCAAAGAAGGAAAGCCAUAUGUAAACACAUGAUCAGGGCACUGAUGUGUGAGCCCUGCUGUAAAGAUGACAUGUUUCUUCCUCAUACACAUAAUGGACACAGUGAUCUGCAUAUUAACCGUCUGCACUGUUCUUUCUGCAUGGUUUCUUUCUCAGCUACUGGUACCAUUUUACAAAGUUAAAAAUCAUCUGUUCUUGUCUUUCAGAGUGGUUUAUAAAGGUGUAUAAAGGUUCUGAACUUGUAUUUACUUCAGAGAUAGCCCUAUAUUUAACAGAGGGAUGUAUCCCAUAUGCAGAAGAAGAAGGGGUGGUGAUGUAGGUGAUGCUGCUGUGAACUUACAGAAUGAGGGUGAGCACAGUUUCAGCCUUAACAAAUAGCUAGACCUGUAAUCAAGAGGCCUUUCCUGUCAUUGCAAGCUUGUGUCGUGUCGGUCACGUUGCCCGGUGUUUGAUGUAAGUGAAAGUCCCUCCCCCGUCUUUACUCUCCUGUAAAGUUGUUUCUCAAAGGUGCUUCUGCAGUCUGUAUGGUAUGAUUGUCCUCCUUUCAGCAAGCGAUGUUUGUGUGUAUGAAAGAUACACCUAUGUCUACAGUGUAACAAUGCAGGUCUAAUUUAUGUAAAUAUGUUUUAAAAUAUGUACAAUAUUUAAAUAAAGAAUCUAGUAUUUAUACUAAA